AUGUUUAAUAGUCCAAAUGGCCCGUGUUGUCUUGGGCCAUCACUGGGAAUUCAAAAUUAUUUACGAGUCCAUGCCGUCGCGAUGCCGUCCGUUAACAGCUGCCCAGAAGCCCUAUUCUCAGGCCAAUAUUCAUCGUAACUUCAAACACAAAUGCGCAACAAGAUAGAAACGGAGGUUUUCCUAUCGGAUCACAUCAUAAUUCAAUAGAAAAAUGGCGGAAGAUUUGGUAUUGGACACGGCGAUCAGAGACUGGGUGUUGAUACCACUAUCGGUGGUUAUGGUGCUAAUCGGAAUUCUUCGUUAUUUCGUAUCCAAGCUCAUGCGCUCAUCCAAUCAAGUUCCCGAUCCCAAAAUGGUCAAAGAAGGUCAAGUGGUAAUUAGGGCAAGGAAUCUGAGGGCAGCUGCAAAUUUUAUACCCGCUAAAUCAUUUCGUGCUCGUAGGGUUUAUUUCUGCAACGAGGAGAAUGGAUUACUUUAUGUGCCCAAGGGCCAAACUCAAAAUGCGCAGGCACAGAUGUUCUCUGAUCCGAAUAUGGCCAUGGAUAUGAUGAAAAAGAAUCUUUCAAUGAUCAUACCACAGACACUUACAUUUGCAUGGGUUAACUUUUUCUUCUCUGGAUUUGUGGCAGCUAAGAUACCAUUUCCACUUACUCAGAGGUUCAGGUCAAUGUUACAAAACGGUAUUGAUUUGAGUACUGUUGAUGUCAGCUAUGUCAGCAGUCGAUCAUGGUAUUUCCUCAAUCUAUUUGGGCUGAGAGGUCUAUUCAGUCUUAUUCUGGGAGAAGAAAAUGCAACUGAUGACACACAACGCAUGAUGCAAAUGAGUGGAUUUGGAUUCGAUCCGACAAGGAGUUUGGGUGCAGAGAAAGACAGUCUAGACAUUGUUCAACAUGAAUGGACCUUGCCAAAAUUUGAGCAGCGGGCAGAAGCUGUGUUGAAGAAACUCGUCAGUUGAGAAACUGUAAGAGCAUGUAACCUUACCCCUUCGUGGUGUUACUUCAUUACUGGUGCACGUGUGGCCUCAAAUGUUAGCACAGAAAUGAGUGAAGACGACUGGUUGCCGAGCUUAUUGCAUGUAUUUUGUAUCGUGUUGAUUUAUAAUUUAAGGUGUUGUCCCGAAUUCUAGUUGUUAAUUUUGACAAAUAGUUCGCUCUUAUACUCCCUCAUUCAAAUGAUGUGUGCUUUAAUGACAAGAAUUCUGCCAACUUUUUUGGCAAAAAAAUUGAGAGCA